AUAACCAACUCCCGUUUGCUGUACGGAAGAAGAAUAACUGCAAUGCAUUUCCGGAUCCAAAGAACAUAGGCCGAAUAUUCGAGGACAGUUGCGAGAUCGUCAAAUCACGCGGGCGAGAGAAUUAAAACUAACUGACAAUUAACAAACCAAGUAAGUAAAUAGCGGUGCUGAGAAUUUAACGUUGUUUUUUGAGUGCCUUCAGCAACAAACUUUUAUAUAUACUUGCGAACCAUUUCGUCCUUUGAACGUGACCACAUAUCAAUUCGUGCCGACCGGAGAGAAACGCGCUUUCUAGCUGGUCAGUGACCCCAUUUGAAAAUAAUUAAACCGAAUUGAUCCAAAUCAAAGUCUCGUUCCCAGAUAGUUGGCAGCAAAGCAAAGAGUAAAGAUCCAUUAUAAUUCUUACGAACAGUGACCUCGCUGUAGCAGCCAAACAUAGUACCGUUCGAGUACCGUUCGUUUGGUCCUAAGAACUAUGUCAAAAAGGGCAAGUAAAACCGCCAUGUUUUUCUCUAUCCGGUCAAUGAGUCUUUAUGGUCACGAUUUGAUGAGUUGGUUCCCAGUUGGUUUGGACACUCCUUUUUUUCCUAGAACGUUUCUAAUGAUUGGGCUUUGGGCCAGGGCCGGAUGGCCAGGAGUUAGAGGCUUAAUUUUGGUCCCCUCUUUGAAUGGUAUCAUAAUCCGGGCCCCUUAUUCAGGCAUUUUAUCCCCCUUAAUGGAGGAACAUUCCCCGCCAUGCAGUCCCCUUCCAAAGCCCUUGGCCCGAGCUAAAACGGGUGGUUUGGGGGGAAAAACAAGUUUCUUAACUAAUGAGCAAACUUAUUUUUACAUAAAUUAUGAUAUAUUGUUAAUUUUGUAUUGUUUUUUCUUUAGCUAGUCAGAAUGAGUAGUGAGGAGAGCUCCAAGUUCUCACAGAGCUCUGAUGGCUCUGAUUAUGAAGAUAUUGCUCCUUAUUUCUCUGCCAAGAAAUUUGAUGGAAUGCCACCUUUGCAGAAACUUUCUUAUCGGAAUCAAAAAAUCAGAUACGAGAAGAGUUUAAAAUCUGGUGUUAGGAUUUCAAUGCCAAAAUUCAUGCAAGAUCAUUUGAAAGGCAAAGAUAAAGAGAACCAGAGCUCAAAUAAAGGUGGAAAGAAGCGCAAAUCCACCAACACUACGGAAAAAAGUGCAAAACAGAGGAAACUUGAAGAUGACAGUUCUCCUUCUCAACGAGUCUUGCGAGACAGGGCACAAUUAUCUUCAGUAGCACAACCCCAAUCCAACUGUGCAGCAGUCGGUGAAACAUCAAAGAAUGGCCAUUCAAAAAAAUUUCAUGUUGAGGCACAGUGGGGAACACUACUGGUAAACCAUAAAUAG